AUGCCUAGAGUCGUACAAAAUCGAAAUGCGAGUAGAGGCAGAGUUGCUUCUGGCUCUUUAUCGACUCCCGCAAAAUCUCCCGUGAAAGUACCCUUGAACGAUACAUCGCCAGUGAAAUUGGCUCUCAAUGAUGAUGCGCAAGAAAAGGCAAGACGGUUAAAAUCAAGAAAUGCCCAUCACGAAACUCAGAUGAACGAAAUCAAAAAAGCCGCAACUCCACGAAAAUUGGUGAAUUUCAACCGAGCAGGGAGCUCUUCGCCAUCUUCAAACCAAAGAACCCCAGGGCGUAUGGGGAAAGAGAAUGAACUCGAUGGCGGGGUUAUGAUGGUGGGGGGAAACGCAGUAACCCCCAUGAAGCGUGUUCCAAUUCUCGCAAAUUUCGAAGAAUGGAUGAAGAUGGCCACAGACAACAAGAUCAAUGCUGCCAACUCCUGGAACUUUGCGCUGAUUGAUUAUUUCCAUGAUAUGUCACUUUUGAAGGAGGGUGAUGGGGUCAAUUUCCAAAAGGCUAGUUGCACUCUUGAUGGAUGUGUGAAGAUUUACACGAGUCGAGUCGACAGUGUGGCUACAGAGACCGGCAAACUUUUGAGUGGAUUAGCAGACAGCGGGAACAACAAAAAGAAGAGAGGCGAGAAUGAAGAAGGUGAGGGUGAAGGUGAUGAGAGCGAAGAAGAGGUCGAAGACGAGGAUGGGGUUGUGAGGAAGAAGACCAAGAAAAGGUUGAGAUGUUCAAACGUUAUCAUUUUGUUGCUUGCAAUUGAGCUUUUAUAUACUAUUGUUGAUUUACUAACUCAACGUUCAUCAGAAGCGACUCUCGCAACUUCAUUUUCAGCAUUACAAUUAAAAAAGUUUGAACUUGAGUUUUCUGUUGAUCCUUUAUUCAAAAAAGCAUCUGCAGAUUUCGAUGAAGGCGGAGCCAAGGGUCUUCUCUUAAAUCAUCUCUCAAUCGAUUCUAAAGGACGUAUAGUUUUUGAUAGUAGUGAUGAUGCAGGCGACGCAUCAGCAAAAGGACGGGGCAGAAGACGAAAGGAUGAUGCUAUUGAAGAGGAUCAGGAAGAAGUUUUAGAAUCGGCAAAUGUUACGCUAAAAGAUGAUGACAAUGAGGACGAAGAUCAAGAUGAUGUAGAGAUAGAUGUGGAGGCUUUAGGUAUCAAGUUUUUCCCAAACUUGGAUUUCCUUGAAGAACAGGAUAUAUGUCCAUCAUUGAAGAAUUUUGACCUUGGAGAUCCUUCUGGUUCCAUGGACAUUCCGUUCUUAAAGGCACCGGAAGAUUGGCGACAAGAUAAAGACAAGACAGAAGACAAUGGGGUAGGUAACAGAUCUGGCAUUUUCCUCGAUGAUGACAACCCAGUUGGAUUUGAUGAUGACGAUGACGGCCUCCUCGGAAACUUCGAUAUUCCAGAUGAUGCUGGAUUUGGUGAAGGUGGUGAAGCUUGGGCUCGUGACGCCGCGAUCGAACCACGAAUGCGAGUUCACGAUGUAGGAUACGACAAUGAUGGUGGCGAUGGCGAGGAUGGAGAAGGGCGUGCUGGUUCAUUCGAUCCCGAGACCGGCGAGUACGUCAUUUCUCUUGAUCGUGGUUCAAAGACGGAAGGUGGACAUGACGAUAUUUUAAGUUAUUUCGACGAGGCCUUGCAAAAGAACUGGGCCGGUCCUGAGCAUUGGAGGAUACGAAAGAUUAAAGAUGUCAACAAGCCAGCAGUUACGAAGAUUCGCAAGGAGAAAGAGCCUUUCGAGAUUGACUUUACGUCUCCACUAAGUGCUAGCCUAGCUGAAACUAUCUAUACACAUGCAGCAACCAAUGCUACAAUAUCUCUCCCAAAGAAGGACUGGAAAUCUAAAACGAGGAAUCUUCUUCCCGAUGAUAAGCAUUUUAACUCCAAACAGUUGUUACGCCUUUUCCUUAAGCCCAAAGCUAGAAUGGGUAGUCGAAAAUCUGGAUUUGGAGCAAAAUCUGGAACUUUUGGUCAAAAGAAGGAGGAUGACAUCCCUGAAGGUGAAAUUGGUGAAGAUUAUUGGGCGCGAAAAGAAGAACCAGCUCACACGUUGGAGGAUGAGGCUCCACCUCAUGGAGAUUACGAUGCCAACUUCUUUCAAGAUGAUGGUUUGGCAAUGCCGGGUGGUAUUGACGACGAUGAUGAUUUGGAAUUCGCCGAUGCACGCGAACAGUUUUCACCUGGAGCUCAAGGACAAGGUGCAGGUGGUAUCGAUGGUAUCACUGCUAUAUUAAAUGCCGGACCUCAAGGUGUUGACGGCGAAGAAGGUGCUUUCGGUACACAAUUGGUUACACAGAGUCGAAGAUUAAGACCAGAAUAUGUACAAUAUGCUAGAGUUGCUAAGAAGGUUGAUGUGAGGAGACUGAAAGAGGAAUUAUGGAAGGGUAUUGGAUUUAGUGAGCCUGAACAACCUGAUACCUCACUUUCCGCAUCACGUCUCCCCACACCACCUCUUAAAUUACCUACUGAUGAAAAUGAAACCCUCCAAUUUACAACAGUCAUGCAAAACCUCCAGACUGUAUACCCAAAACAAGUCAUGAAUGAUAUCUCAACCAGUUAUUGUUUUAUCUGUCUAUUACAUUUGGCUAAUGAGAAGGGUCUUGUCAUUGAAAAGAAAGAGGGUUUGAUGGAAUUGGAUAUUAGAAAGGAUCCAACAGCGGAAAUCACAGUCGAGUAA